AUGGCCGAUACGCUACCACAGCAGAUCCCGACGAAAUCAUUAUUGUUCGGCCAAAAUAGGUCAGCUUGCAUGCGCGGGCCUGGCCGGGAGGUGCAGCCAACUGACCCAACGAAAGGCGCUAUCGACUGCCCGCGGACUGAUGCAAAAACAGACAGCAGCAGCGAUGAAACGUCUGUGGACUUCGGGUCACGCAGCGGCAAUACGAACCGGAAUUCGGAGUGCAGACGCGGGAACAGCAGUGCCUCAUCAAGUCCGCCUCAGGGCGUACCAGAGCUCCCGACAGUGGCCGAGGUCCUACGGACAGCCAAAACGUUUCUGCAGCCUACGCAAUUGAUCGAGCGUCAGUUCUACGCCGACUGCUACAGGGCCUGCCAACCGCUUCCCUACUUCAGUUACGUUCCGGAAAUAGCGCUACGACUGAGCUGUCUGGGCCAUCGAGUGGUGGUUCGGCGUGUGACGGACACCAGCCACUACUGGUCUCGUUCCAUGACUAACAUCUUCUGCUACUGCGUCCUCCCCGGGACCUCUAUCGGCUACGUGCUGGACCCCGGCUUCAAGGAACACUUCCGAGCGGCAAGAAUGUCGGACCGGGGCAUCUGGGAGUGCUUACCGCCGCUCUUCGUGGGUCCUCCAGCCCGGCUGGUCCAGCUGGUGCAGGUGCUCUGCGCGGAGCUGCAUGCCUCUUUUGAAAUUAGCCAUCGACAGCUUCCCCCGUGGCGGACCUUCAGCUGCACAAUCAAUCGCUGGAUGUCGCCGGUAUUCCCUGGCGGUGGCGGUGGCGGCGGCGGCGGUGGGGCUGGGGUUGGUACGAUGACAGGUGUGAUUCCGGCUGCUGAGGCACAUGCUUUCCUGCGCGCCUGUGAGGAGUUGCUGGCGAACACGCCUAGCGCGCCUAGGGCUGUAGGCCGCGCGGGCGAUGCCCAACUGGUGGUGGUAAUACCAUGCGGCCUGCCCCGCAGCGUUGCGUCGUCAGUGGCGGCGCCGGCGGCGCCGGAGUGGCGGCGGAAGUGGAGGUAUCCGGUGGCUCGAUGGUUCAUAUCUCCACCGCCGCCACCGCCGCCGCCUCCUCAACCGCUUGGGGCCCUCCUCCUCAUCAUCAUCCUAGACCGGUAG